GAAAUUUACAAUGUUAUUGCUUCAGCUGCCGCAAUUGCAUCCGGCGUUCCCUUUAAUCUAUCUGGACCUCUCCCCAGUCUACCAGGAAAUUAUCCUUUGCCUCAACCACAUCCACCUCCUUCAAAUGAUUUACUUAUCUCAGGUUCAACCACACGUCUACUGAACAAUGAUACAGGACCUUUUCACAGUGAAAACUUACCUCAUUUUUCUCAUAAUCAUUCACAUUUACCACCUAACUUUAUAUCAAAUUCAGUAGGCUAUCUUCCAUGUCAUCUGCCGAACUUGUCAACUUCUGGGGGAAUUCGAGAAGAAUCAAAAUCAGAUUUAUUUUAUCCAUCAGCUUAUUAUCCUUCUUCAUCAUCAUCUUCAUCUUCAAUAUCUUCACAGCAGAUAACAAAACUUUCACUCUAUAAUAAUUGUUCUCCGACAGGAUCAAUAUUUUCAUCAUCUGAUAGAAGAGAUUUUCAUUUAACCAAUUUUCUUGAAAUUGAUCAUAUGAAAUCGGAUAACAGUUUAUCUUAUCAUCCCACUUCAUUACCAUUGAUUAACAAUUCAGUGUAUAGUCCAUCGGGAAUCAACUUUAGAAGUCUACACCCACCAAUGUUUGAUGAAUUGACGUGUAGACCAAAUUUAGUAUGA